UUCAGGCAGCAGGUGGAGGGAGACUGAUUUUCCCUUUGCUUCCCUCCAGUUUAUGCCUGUCUCCCAGGUCUCUGCUUGGCAAAGAUAGGGAGAAAGAGAGAGAGAGAGAGCGAGCGAGAGAGCUGUCCUUUGUGUGUGUGUGUGUGUGUGUGUGUGUGUGUGUGUGUGUGUGUGUGUUGCUCUGGACAGCCACGGGUGAUGUGUAACUGCCAAGAAUACCAAAGUCAGUUUGAAAGUGUUAGCGUUGUGAAAGCUUCUCUUUCCAGCACGCUUUCUCCUUGCUCAGAAGGAAUAGGUACGUGCAGAAACUCUCUCAAGUCAUAUGUUAAAUACUUUCAUCAAGUAGAAUGAGCCUGUCAUUGUACCAGACAGGUGCCAAAUGUCCUAGGUAUGACUUCGAUGGAGAAGGAAAAUCUCAAGUACGAGAGAAGGGUCCCGGGAUUCUUGAGCUGUGCCCAGCUGACGAGCUUUUGAAGAUGGCACAAUAACCGUCCAGUGAUGCCUGACCAUGACAGCACAGCCCUCUUAAGCCGGCAAACCAAGAGGAGAAGAGUUGACAUUGGAGUGAAAAGGACGGUAGGGACAGCAUCUGCAUUUUUUGCUAAGGCAAGAGCAACGUUUUUUAGUGCCAUGAAUCCCCAAGGUUCUGAGCAGGAUGUUGAGUAUUCAGUGGUGCAGCAUGCAGAUGGGGAAAAGUCAAAUGUACUCCGCAAGCUGCUGAAGAGGGCGAACUCGUAUGAAGAUGCCAUGAUGCCUUUUCCAGGAGCAACCAUAAUUUCCCAGCUGUUGAAAAAUAACAUGAACAAAAAUGGUGGCACGGAGCCCAGUUUCCAAGCCAGCGGUCUCUCCAGCACGGGCUCCGAAGUACAUCAGGAGGAUAUAUGCAGCAACUCUUCAAGAGACAGCCCCCCAGAGUGUCUUUCCCCUUUUGGCAGGCCUACUAUGAGCCAGUUUGAUAUGGAUCGCUUAUGCGACGAGCACCUGAGAGCGAAGCGCGCCCGGGUGGAGAAUAUAAUUCGGGGGAUGAGCCAUUCCCCCAGCGUGGCGUUAAGGGGCAAUGAAAACGAAAGAGAGAUGGCCCCGCAGUCUGUGAGCCCCCGAGAAAGUUACAGAGAGAACAAGCGCAAGCAGAAGCUGCCGCAGCAGCAGCAGCAGAGCUUCCAGCAGCUGGUCUCGGCCCGGAAGGAGCAGAAGCGGGAGGAGCGCAGGCAGCUGAAGCAGCAGCUGGAGGACAUGCAGAAACAGCUGCGCCAGCUGCAGGAGAAGUUCUACCAAAUCUAUGACAGCACCGACUCGGAGAAUGACGAAGACGGCAACCUGUCCGAAGACAGCAUGCGCUCGGAGGUGCUGGAGGCCAGGGCCCGGGACUCGGUGGGGAGGUCGGACACCGAGCUGUGCGAGCUGGACCCGGGGCAGUUCAUCGACCGCGCGCGCGCGCUCAUCCGGGAGCAGGAGAUGGCCGAGAACAAGCCCAAGCGCGAGGGCGGCCACAAAGAGCGCGAGCACGGGCCCAACCCCUUGCAGCCGGAAGGCAAGCACCUGGCCGAGACCCUGAAGCAGGAGCUGAACACCGCCAUGUCCCAGGUGGUGGACACCGUGGUCAAGGUCUUCGCGGCCAAGCCCUCCCGCCAGGUCCCUCAGGUCUUCCCGCCCCUCCAGAUCCCCCAGGCCAGGUUCGCAGUCAACGGGGAGAACCACAAUUUCCACACGGCCAACCAGCGCCUGCAGUGCUUCGGCGACGUCAUCAUCCCCAACCCCCUGGACACCUUCGGCAACGUGCAGAUGCCCAGCUCCGCCGACCAGACGGAAGCGCUGCCCCUGGUGGUCCGCAAGAACUCCUCGGACCAGUCGGCCUCCGGCCCCGCCGCCGGCAGCCACCACCAGCCCCUGCACCAGUCGCCUCUGUCCGCCACCGCAGGCUUCACCACGUCCACCUUCCGCCACCCCUUCCCCCUGCCCCUGAUGGCCUACCCGUUUCAGAGUCCCCUAGGUGCUCCCUCCGGCUCCUUCUCUGGGAAAGACAGGGCCUCUCCCGAAUCCUUAGACUUAACUAGGGACACGACGAGUCUGAGGACCAAGAUGUCAUCUCACCACCUGAGCCACCACCCUUGUUCACCAGCACACCCGCCCAGCACCGCCGAAGGGCUCUCCUUGUCGCUCAUAAAGUCCGAGUGCGGCGACCUUCAAGACAUGUCCGAAAUCUCACCUUAUUCGGGAAGUGCAAUGCAGGAAGGAUUGUCACCCAAUCAUUUGAAAAAAGCAAAGCUCAUGUUUUUUUAUACCCGUUAUCCCAGCUCCAAUAUGUUGAAGACCUACUUCUCCGACGUCAAGUUCAACAGAUGCAUUACCUCUCAGCUCAUCAAGUGGUUUAGCAAUUUCCGUGAGUUUUACUACAUUCAGAUGGAGAAGUACGCACGUCAAGCCAUCAACGAUGGGGUCACCAGUACUGAAGAGCUGUCUAUAACCAGAGACUGUGAGCUGUACAGGGCUCUGAACAUGCACUACAAUAAAGCAAAUGACUUUGAGGUAGGAACUGAUCUUUAUUUUUUUGGUCAUUUCUCUUUUCUUUUUCUUUUUCUUUUUUUACUUUAUUUUCCUUAGAAGUAUACCCAAAUAACUGGUUUCAUAUGGUUUCUUGCAUAAACAUCCCCCAGUAGAGUAAUAGGUAGGGCAGUAAUGAGAAGAUUCCGUGGUCCCCACCAGAAUCAUGGGACAGCUGACCCUCUGCCAUUUCCGUCCCUAUUCCCUGGCUUUUCAGCUUAUAUGGAAGACCCCCUUUGGCCACAGGAGAGGGGACUGGAGAAUCCAAAGAAAAUGACAGCAAAGAGCAUACACAGAGUGAUUUCUUUUCCAAGGAAGAGGUCCCUGCUCCAACAGGCCUUUUUCCUAUGUUGUUUCUGGGGUGUUAAUUGAGCUGAUAUGCACUGUGUACAAUGGUAGCUACAAAAGUUGUCUUCUAAAAAAGUCUAGGAAUGUUGAUGGGGGGGGGUGAUUCUGUGGUUUCUAACUUUAAUUGACAUGUGUUUCCUUUAUGGAAGAAUUGGUAUAAGAAUUGACUAAGUACUUAUCAUAAGAGAUCCAUCGACAUCUUUUUGGUUUUGAUUUUCUUCUUUUUUGGAGGAAAGAUUCGUGUGUUUCUUUAGCCUAGGUGUAUCUUCACAAGCGUGUUGCUCUUUGUUCAAGCACUGUCAUACACACAUGUAUAUAAGUAUAUAUAUAUUUAUGUAUUGACAGCAUGCAUAUUCUAGAUACACACAAAGCAGUGUAGACAAUUCCCAGAAAGCGAGAUCCAUGCAACAAUGAAAGAUGUGUAGCUAUGAGUAAGGCAUUUCUUUAUGGGCUAAUGUGGUGUCUCAGCAAACGGUUUUCAUCGCAACAUGAUGACUCUCUAUGAGACAACACUAGCAAAUCUCCCAGUCCUCACAAAGGCAUUUUGCUGAGCCCUGCUGGCUGAGGCAACAAUAGUUGGAGGUGGGAAUAUGGCAAGAGUUCUGCAGGCUGAACCCCUGAUGAUAAGAGUAGACAGGCUGUGGCUUGACAAAGUUGGGCCAUUUCUCCUAUGAUUUUGGCUAGAUGCUGUGCCACCCUGAGGGUAGGAAUUUUUUUUCCCACAUCUGCUUAUGCAAAGACCUUAUAUUAAUAAUCUUGCUGUCCUUGUGUAGAUAGGAAUCCAGGAAUGCCCGGGAAGUUGACAAUUCCAAAGGAAAGAAGGUCACCUUGGUCUGGCCCUGUCAAUUAAGGGGCCCGACCCCUCGCACCCUAGCAUGCCUCCUGUUUGCCCAUUCCUUUCUGGCUCUUAUCCCCACUGUUCUUGGCAGUGCAGACCAGUUUGGUGGCUUGUAAAGAACUGAAUGUGGAAGCUUAGCCAUAGUUUUUCUUUGAAAGUUUGAGUGGUUAUACUGCAAGCUACCAAUUUACCUCUGCUCUCCAAGACCAAUAUAUUUCUUGCCAAACAUGUUAUAAACAAAGGUUUUUCUUUUGCCAAACACAUUAAAGUGGAGAUUCUUCAUAUACUGCUCCACUAUUUUAAAAUCUCUUGUUUUUAAACUCUCUGUUGUAACAGAGCACUGGUUCGCUGUAUUGACAGAACACUAGCAGAUUUCUUCUAAAGCUGAGGAAUAUGAUUAUGGCUAAACAUUUUAAAGAAAUCUUAUUAAGGGCUUCAUUUCUCCCAAUCCUUCUGAUAAGUCUAUCGCUGUAACCUUAAGAGACUGCUACUGUGUGCUAGCGAAGUAUUUACAUUAUUUGGGGGCGAAUGUUCACUUGGCAGUGUACAUCAACCUUCAUAAAAGACUUGUCCAAGAUUCAUGUGACGAUUUCUGCAUUUUUGCUGCAUAACAUACUCAAGAGAACAAAUCCUAAAGUGCGCAUCAGGGUUUGCAGGGUUGUUUAAACCUUACCUGGUUGGCGCUUAAGCCCCUCCUUGCAACACCAGGGCCAAAAUGACACAAAUAGGGGUUGGCUGGCAUCAAGAGGUCCCCAACAAGCUGCUGCAUUUAGCAUCAUCUAAAUCCUCUUUAAUAUGAUUAACAUCUGAUAUUUCUCUCUUUGUGAAUCAUAUCCACUUCCAGCCAGGCCACCUCUCCUUUAUCUGCAGUGGCUAUUUUAAGACUGCUUCCCUGCAAGGAGUAUGGGGCCCGGACAGGAAUUUUGUCAUUUCUCAUGUGACUUUGGAAAGUUAUUGGACUACUCUGGGUCUCAUUCCUCCUUCACUUAAAAUGAGGCAAGAAAGAAGCAGGAACAUGGAUGGCACCCCAGGCCCUCCCCUGACAUGCUUAUACACGCAUACACACGCACACACCACACACGAUCCUCAUAUCACCAAAUCGUUUUUAAGUUAGCCUCUCGAUUUGGCACAUUUACUAACAAAAGCUUCAGAUAAGGUGAGCCCUUCUUUUCCGUGCCUUUGUGCUUGGAGGUCACUACUUAAGUGAGAUGCUUAAAAAGCCACUGCUAUUAUCUUUGUCACUUUGCCAGCCUGGGCCACGGCUGCCAGCCAAAAGUGGACCCGGCACCUCAAGCUAAAUACCUCCGCUGAUAUUGUGUGCAGGGCUGGACAUUCUGUAUUUAAGUUUCUCCUCUUAAAGUCAAGCAAAAGGAGCCUAUCAUUUCAGUAUGAGCAAGUGAAGAGAAUGGCAAAGUGGAGAACUGUACACCUUGUUUCUUUUUUUAAUUUUUAAACGGAGAUGGAGCAUGGCAGGGAGACUUUGAGGUCGUGUCUACGCAAUGCCCAAAGAUCCAGUCAAUUCAAAGGAAUAUAUUAACCCAACUGAGUAUGAGCUGGCCAAACAACAAAAUGUCUUAUUGAUUGCAUUCUUAAAUUUGCAUUCCAUCAGUUGUUGGUAGCAAUCGUAAAAUAGCUAACAUGUAUUGAUUGUUUACUAAUGUUCCAGACGCUCUUCUAAGCGUUUUGCCAGUAUUAACUUAUUUAAUGUGGGCAGUAAUAAUGACACUGAUACCAAUGUAAUAACAAGGGAAACUUCGAUUUGCCUAAAGCUUUACAGUUUUUAAAGUUGUUCUAGAUGGGUGCGGGGCAGGGUGAGAGGAGGAGGUUCAAGGAUGAGGCUCCUGCUUUCCCUCCCUCGCUGCUGCUUUGUUAUUCUUUCUUUUCCUCCUCUACCCCUGUCUUUUAUCAGCUUUCUGCUCCAUCUCUCCCUCUGUGGCUUGCUUGGUGGCACCUCUGUCAUUGCCUAGCACCACCCCCUUCCAGUCCCUGCCGCUGCUGGCUCUCAAGGCUAGACAGGCUGCUGACCCCUGGCCCACAGGGAAACAAAGCAGAUGGGGAAGGUUUUAUCACCAGGGAAGAGGGAGUGGCUUGCAUCUCUGUCCUCUUCUAGCCCCUACAUGUCCUGGCCUUUAUGAGUCAGGACCUUCUAAGGGGGGAGGGGGGGAACGCUUGCUCUGCCUUUUGUAUCAGUUUCCACAAUUGCUGAGAUUGUUGGCACAGCGUUCAGACGUAAGGUGGUGAGCACUUGAGAAGACCCAAGGGAUACGGCAGAAUACACUGAAGGAGAAAAGAAUGAACUACACCUUAGUUUGUGCUCAAGGGAGUCGAGUUGGCGGUACCGCACAGAGCGGGGCGACUCUAUUCCGGAUGUGAGUUUGCAAAGGUGUGCAGGAGGAGAGGGGCGUGCUAUUGUGCGCUGCAUCUUUCGCUCCCGCUUCUCACGUUUAAUGAGACUGCCAACAAUCAAUUUGUCUUUCCAGGUGUGAUGGUAUAUAUUUCCAUACUUCAUUUUCACUUCACUUUGAAGCGCUUCCAAAAAAAUUUUUUUAUGGGGAGGGAAAGGAGGUUUGGGAUUCCUUCCCAGUUUUUAAAUUAUACCGAUACAUGUGAUUUUUAGGGGCGUAUGAGUUGAAUUUUAUUGCUUUUUUUUUUCCCCUUUCCCUCACAACUGUGGCAGGGAAGGAAGAGAAUGAUCACUGUCAGUUUCUGAGGCUGGUUCACCUGUUCCGCAAAGAACUCACUACUAAGACAACUGACUUGUGUCACUCGCAUAGGUUAAUGGCACUACCCAUCAGAUAGCCAAAAGACAUGUCACCACCCUAGGUUGGACUGCAUUACCUAGGCUGGCCACUUUCAUAGGGUGGAGCCGAGAAAGGCAGAAUGAUCCAGAGGUUGGGGAGUUUGAGUUGGGCUGAGUGUAAAUAGAGAAGAGAAUGUGACAGACACCUUCAUCCAGGCACAUCAAACGCUCUUUCUCAUUCUGGAGUACCGUGAGGCAGCGUUUUCCCACCACCACUAUCGUGGGAAGCCACAUGCCCUCAUGAGCCCCUCAGUGGCUGGUCAUUUACCUGUAGGCAGAGUCCAAGUUCCCAGCAAUAAUGACUAAUCUCCCCUGCCCUCACAAACGGCCCAGGUUUGGGUAUGGAAGGCUUGGAAAUUCGCUGACUGGGGAACUGGAUCCAUUCGUUAGCGGGUUUGGGAAUGCCAUUUCCUAAAGUACUAAUAUCUCACUGGGCAGGUGCUCAGUCAUACAGCCUGUGGGUUUGACAUCUUUCUAGGUGACACAGGAUAGGCAAGAAGGGUACUUCCGCAGACCUCUUUAUGCAUUUUCUUAUUUUCCUCUGGGAAAUAGAACAUUUUAAAAAGCAGUACCCCUCCUAUGCACCCCCCGUUCCCGGCAAACACAUACACACUUAUGGAAUAUAUUGUACGCCCCCUCCCCAGCCCACUCCCACUUUCAACAAAACCCACGUUUAAGAAGAGUUAAUGUGUUUGGAAGUCUUCCUUUCAUUGGCAUUGUCGUCUCUUUAAAGAAAAAUGAGGACAGGUGGAUUUAGAAAGCGCUUCCCUCUGCUCCAAAUAGAUACUUAAAUAUGAGUGAUCAUUUGGAAAACUGGCACAUGAGUGAAAACCUUUUACUGCUGUUGCAGUCUUUUGGCCUCAAAGCCGCUGAGCCGUUUAAAUGAUUGCACAACGCACUCUUGGUGGGUGGCGAGGAGGAAAAGAAACCCUUACCAUUUCUUCUCGUGCCAGUCCCACCAUUGACAAGCCAAAUUGAUCUUUUAAGAGACUAAAUGAAUGUUCUCUAAAUAUAUGUGUACACAUGGCUGUCUGGGAAGAUAUUCCUUCUAGGGAGCGAUUGCCUGAAAUUCGAAGGAGAGUGCAGUAA